AUGCCGCUUUCGAUGAUUUUUGGGAGAGCCUCCAUGUUACGUGUUCCGCUGCACACAAAUCCCGACACAGGCCAUCUGGACACACGCAUCAUCAAGGGGGCGGUCGAGGCCGCUGCUGCUUGUACCAACUUGACCCGCCUGGAUGCCAGUGGCUCUGAUGAUGAUACCUAA